UCUGUGAAAUGGAACCAAAUACUCUCCCCCGGCCUGGAGGAAGCCGACCGGAUGUGAAGGUGGGAGACCCGCGCCUGGGGCCCGUCGGCUAAACCCGCGCGGGAGGGAAGGCGUUUCCUCCCAGCAGCCGAGGCAGCGCUCCGCGUCGGUAUCUCCGGGUAACGCGUUUGAUUGACAGCUCGCUGGUUUCGGGGCGUGGCCGCGCUCCCGUCGUGACGUCACAAUGCCCGGAAAGUCCGCGAGAUUUCCAACUUUGUUUUCCUUUCCCCUCCUCACGUCUACGUAUCGAAACCCCGCCCCCCCGAUAGCGUCUGCGCGUCCGGCCGCGCUGGGCUACAAAAGGAGCGCGCGACGUCAGCGCUCAGCCGCCGCUGACCGCCUGCUUGAGCGCAUGUAGUUUUCCACACGACUUCGCGUCCCUUCGCGCGUCCCUUCGCCGCGACCGCGCUUGCCGCAGCCGGUGGUACCUGGAGACACGAGCCCACGCCGGAAGGCGAGAUGAUCGCGCUGGCCCAGCGAGCCCUCCGCACCUGCGAUCGCUUGUGGCAGCCCGAACCGGCGCUCCCGCCCCCGGGGUGACUCGCAGCCCCACCGCCCAGAAAGAUGGCACCGGGCCAAGUGCCCCAGCAGUGGCUCCCCUGGGGGGAUGCCCACCCCUCCUUCCUCCUGUCCCCGCUGGUGGGCCUGUUCAGCUGGGCUUGGAGCCACUUGAGAAGCCCAGGACCUCUCGAGUCCUGGUUAUUGGAAGCAGUAACUCGAGCAGAUCAGGAAAAAGCUAAGUCCUCUUUGGCCACCUGCCAUGGCGCUGGGGCCAGGCACCCUCAAGGGGAGACUGGGGAGAUCCGAGCAGCUGAGGAGAAGGGAGAAACUUCCAGGGGGGCCCUCCAAGAUCUGGAAGCCAAUGGUUCCCUUCCUGAAACCUUGGGACUUUCAGAGGCUGCUGCUGAGUGGGGUAGGGAAAAAACAGCCCGUGACCCGAGAGACCGGGGAAGUGACUGUACAGCGGACCACCCUGCUCCUCUGCCUCCCAAGCUUCUGACAAGAACCCUGCAAGACCUCGGGGAGGAGGAGUCACAGGAAGAAGGCGCUGUUGAAGAUAAAGUUUGGAGCAUGUUCUCCCUGGCAUCACCCUGGGACAGUUGUCCAGGGGUGGUAGAGGAGGCAGAAGAUGGAGCAGCUGAACACAAAGAAGCUCCUGGAACAUCUACUUCUGCCUUAGUUCCAGGAUCCAAGCCCAGAGCGUGGGUGUAUUGUCCAGUGGAGGAAGAGGGUAGAGUCACAGAGGAAGGAAGGACAGAAGAUAAAGACGGGGGGGAGGCCUCCUUUCCGCCCCGCUCUGCGGGCUCUCACCCCAGGGCCUGGGAGUGUAGUCCGGGAGAGCAGUGUAAGAAGAGGGGCCAGAAGGCUGAGGCAGGAGCAGCUGACCCAUGGCCACUCUCCUCAGUUCUAGCCCAGAGGCCCCUGCAGCAGGGACCCAGGAAGAGCUCAGUAGCAAGCGACAGAGAGGAGGCGGCGGCAGACAGUGUGUCUGGGGCAGGCGGGGGUCUUACCCCGAUCCCCCUGACAAAUUCCUUCCUGAGGGCCUGGGUCUGCCGGCCAGGAGAGGACACGGAGGAGGAGGACAGUGAUUCAGGAGCAGAUGAAGACUGGGGAGAAGCUGAGGGUCUCUCUUCUACGCCUCCCACAAGUGCCUUCCUCAGGGCCUGGGUCUGCCGGCCAGGAGAGGACACGGAGGAAGAUGACAACGACAGUGAUCUGGGAGCAGUUGAGGAGGAGGAAGAAGAAACUGAGGCUGUUACUCCUGUCCCCCUGACAAGUUCCUCUGUGAGGGCCUGGCUGUACCGGCCAGGAGAGGACACAGAAGAGGAGGAGGAUGGUGAUUUAGGAGCAGCCAAAGAGUGGGGAGACACUAAGGGUCUGUCUUCUCCGCCCCCCACAAGUGCCUUCGUGCGGACCUGGGUGUACCGGCCAGGAGAGGACACAGAGGAGGAGAAUGAGGAGGAUGAGGAUGAUUCAGAAGCAGCUGACUCAGCGCCAAGCCCCUCCCUUCAGACCCGGAGUGCCCUCCUCAGGGGCUGGCUACGUGGACGUGGAGAAGACGUGGGGCAGAGGGAAACUGAGCCCGAUCCCUUCCUGGUGGCCAUCUAUUUACCUGGAGAGAAGCCACCUCCCCCCUGGGCCCCUCCACGGCUGCCCCUCAGACUGCAAAGGCGGCUCAGAUCCACAGAAACCCCCACCCAGCUUCCAGAACCCGAGACUCCUCUAAAGGCCAGAAAGGUGCGCUUCUCUGAGAAGGUCUCGGUCCACUUCCUGGCUGUCUGGGCAGGACCAGCCCGCGCAGCCCGCCGGGGCCCCUGGGAGCAGAUCGCCCGGGAUCGAAGUCGCUUCGCCCGCCGCAUUGCCCAGGCGGAGGAGGAGCUGGGCCGCUGCUUUACCCCAGCAGUGCGAGCCAGAGCCUGGGCUCGCCUCCAGAAGAACCUGCCCAGGUGUCUGACUGCCAUACCUGUCCCUGACCAGACCUCGCCCUCGCCCACUGCCCAGGCCACGCCCCUGAGCCCCGGGGCCUCCGAGUCCCCUCUCUGUCCCGCCUCUCCUGGCCUGCACCACAGUGGGAGGCGGGGCUAAGACCAGCUGGUUUGCCUGUUAUUAACUAUUUAUUUAUUUAUUUUAAUUAUUGGUUUAUAUACAGAAUAAAGCCUUUUGU